CAAAGAGACCUAUGGCCUUUUACCAUGGUAACUGUGCUUUGGGGAAAAGGAAAUGAUCAGGUAUUUCAGGGAUUAUUAGACACUGGUUCAGAAGUGACAUUAAUUCUAGGAGACCCAAAAUGUCACUUUGGUCCACCAGUCAGACUAGGGGCUUAUGGAGGUCAGGUCAUCGAUGGAGUUGUAGCUCAAGUCUGUCUUAUAAUGGGUCCAGUGGGUCCCUGGACUCAUUCUGUAGUUAUUUCUCCAGUUCUGGAAUGCAUAAUUAGAAUAGACAUACUCUGCAACUGGCAGAAUCCCCACAUUGGUUCCCUGACUCAUGGAGUGAGGGCUAUUAUGGUAGGAAAGGCCAAGUGGAGGCCACUAGAACUGCCCUUAACUAGCAAAAAAGUAAACCAGAAGCAAUACCAGAUACCUGGAGGGACUACAGAGAUUAAUUUCACUUUAAAGGACUUGAAGGAUGCAGGGGUGGUGAUUCCCACCACAUCCCCAUUCAACUCUCCUAUUUGGCCUGUGCAGAAAACAGACGGGUCUGAGAGGAUGACAAUGGAUUAUCAUAAACUUAACCAAGUGGUGACUCCAAUUGCAGCUGCUGUUCCAGAUGUGGUAUCAUUUCUUGAGCAAAUCAACGCAUCCCCUGGCAUGUGGUAUGCAGCUGUUGUUCUCGCAAAUGCUUUUUUCUCAAUACAUCAUAGUAAGGACCACCAGAAACAGUUUGCUUUCUGCUGGCAAGGCCAACAAUAAACCUUUAGCCUACCUCAGGAGUAUAUCAACUUUCCAGCCCCAUGCCAUAAUCUUGUCCGCAGGGCUCUUGAUCAUUUCUCCAUCCCCCAAAACAUCACAUUGGCCCAUUAUAUUGAUGCUAUCACUUUGAUUGGACCUAGUGAGUAAGAAGCAUCAACUACUCUUUGCUUAUUGGCACUGCACUUGCAUAUCAGAGGAUGGGAGAUAAAUCCAACAAAAAUACAGGGGCAUUCCACCUCAGUGAAAUUUCUAGGUGUCCAGUGGUGUAGAGCAUAUGAAGAUAUCCCUUCUAAGGUGAAGGAUAAGCUGUUGCAUCUGGCUCCUUCUAUGACAAAAAAAGAGGCACACCACCUAGUUGGCCUCUUUGGAUUUUGGAGAAAACAUAUUCCUCAUUUGAGUGUGCUACUCUGGCCCAUUUACUGAGUGACCAGAAAAACUGCUAGUUUUGAGCAGGGACUGGAACAAGAAGAGGCUCUGUGACAGGUCCAGGCUGCUGUGCAAGCUGUUCUGCCACUUGGGCCAUAUGAUCCAGCAGACCCAAUGGUGCUGGAAGUGUCAGUGGCAAAUAGAAAUGCUGUCUGGAGUCUUUGGCAGUCCACUACAGGAGAAUCAAAAUGAAGGCCCUCAGGAUUUUGGAGUAGAGCUUUACCAUCCUCUGCAGAUGACUACUCUCCUUUUGUGUAACAGCUGUUGGCCUGCUACUGGGCCUUAGUGGAGACCAAAUGCUUAACCGUGGGCCACCAAGUUGCCAUGAGACCUGAAUUGCUUAUCAUGAGCUAGGUGUUGUCUGACCCGCCAAGCCAUAAAGUUGGGUGUGUACAGCAGCACUCCAUCAUAAAAUGGAAAUGGUAUAUACAAGACAGAACUUGAGGAGAUCCUGAAGGCACAAGUAAGUUACAUGAGGAAGUGGCCCAAAUGCCCAUUGCCCUUCCUGCCGCACUACCUUCUCUUUCCCAGCCCAGAGCUAUGGCCUUCUGGGGAGUUCAUUACAGUCAGUUAACUGAGGAAGAGGAAACUCAGGCCUGGUUUAUAGGUGGUUUUGCAAGAUUUGUAGGCACCAUGCAAAAGUGUACAGCUGAAGCACUGCAGCCCCUUUCUGAUAUCCUGAAGGACAGUGGUGAGGGGAAAUCCUCCCAGUGGGCAGAACUCCAAGCAGUGCACCUGGUUGUUCAUUUUGCUUGGAAGGAGAACUGGCCAGAGGUGCAUCUGUAUACUGACUCAUGGGCUAUUGCUAAUGGUUUGACUGGAUGAUCAGGGACUUGGAAGGAACAUGAUUGGAAAACUGGUGACAGAGUUCUGGGAAGAGGUAUGUGGACAGAACUUUCUGAGUGGGCAAAAACAAUGAGGAUAUUUUUGCCUCAUGUGAAUGCUCACCAGAGGAGGACUUCAAUAGAGGAUGCUUUUAGUAACCAAGUGGAUAAGAUUACCCUUUCUGUGUACACCAGUCAGCCUCUUUCCCCAGACACUCCCGUCAUUGCUGAAUGGGCUUAUGAACAAAGUGGUCAUGGUGGUAGGGAUCGAGAUUAUGCAGGGGGUCAGCAACAUGGACUUACACUCACCAAGGCCAACCUGGUUACAGCCACUGCUCAGUGCCCAAUCUGCCAGCAGCAGAGACCCACAUUCAGUCCCCAAUAUGGCACCAUUCCCUGAGGUGAUCAGCCUGCUACCUGGUGGCAGGUUGAUUACAUUGGACCACUUCCAUCAUAGAAGGGGCAGUGAUUUGUUCUAACUGGAAUAGACACAUACUCCAGAUAUGGGUUUGCCUUCUGUGCAUACAAUCCUUCCACCAAAAUCACCAUCCAUGGACUUAUGAAAUGCCUUGUACACCAUCAUGGUAUUCCACACAGCAUUACUUCUGAUCAAGGAACCCGCUUCACAGUAAAUGACAUGUGGGAAUGGGCACAUGCUCAUGGGAUUCUCUGUUCUCACCAUGUUCCCCUUCAUCCAGAGGCAGCUGGGUUGAUAGAAUGAUAGAAUGGCCUUUUGAAGACUCAAUUAUGGUGCCAACUAGAUGGCAAUACCUUGCAGGACUGGGGCAAUGUUCUCCAGGAGGUUGUGUAUGCUCUGAAUCAGCAUCCACUCUAUAGGGCUGUUUCUCCCAAAGCCAGGAUUCAUAAGUCCGGGAAUCAAGUAGAAAUGGGAGUGGGACCAUUCAUUAUCAUCCCUAGUGAUCCACUAGAAAAGCUUUUGCUUCCUGUCCCUGAAUCUUUAUCUGCUGGUCUACAGGUCUUAGUUCCAAAAGGAGAAGUGCUUCCACCAGGAGACAUAACAAUGAUUCCAUUGAACUGGAAGUUAAGACUGCCACCUGGCCUCUUUGGGCUUUAAAUGCCUCUGAAUCGAGCAGGGAAGGGGAUUACUGCAUUGGCUAGGGUGAUUGAGCCUGACUAUCAAGGGGAAAUAGGACUGCAACUACAAAAUGGAGGUAAAGUAGUGUUUUCCUGGAAUACAGGGGAUCCCUUAGGGCAUCUCUUAGUACUACCAUGCCCUGUGAUUAAAGUCAAUGGAAAACUGCAACAACCCAAUCCAGGCAGGACUACCGACAGCCUAGAAACUUCAGGAAUGAAUAUUUGGUCCCCCCCCCCGCCCCAAGGCAAAGAACCGCAGCCAGCUGAGGUGCUUGCUAAGGGUAAAGGGAACAUGGAAUGGGUAGUGGAAGAAGGUAAUGAU